AUGGCAGAAGCCAUUAUAAGACACUGGGUGGAAACUCCUGUGCGCUAUCAAGAGCAGUUUGAUGUCCAAGAGCUGGAAGCACACAAACUGGACCACUCUUUGUAUGCUUUGCCAGGCCCUUCUACAGCUGCACUGACAAACAGAAGGUGCAUUGCAGAAAGUACAGCUGAGGCUAGGAAAAGCGACCAGGAGGAGAAAAACACACACUUUCAGAUCUUGCUGGAUGUUGUGCAGUUCCGUCCUGAAGAUAUCAUUAUUCAGACUUUUGAAGGCUGGCUCCUGAUCAAAGCUCAGCACGGACCCAGGAUGGAUGAACAUGGUUUCAUAUCCAGAAGCUUUACCAGACAAUACAAAUUACCUAGUGGAGUGGAGAACAAAGACUUGACUGCACUUUUCUGCCACGAUGGCAUUUUGGUUGUUGAAAUGAAGAACUCGGAGGGAAGGAAUUAG